AUGACCACUACUACUGGUGAGGAGAACCACCAUGAGUCAAUCCUUCCAUCGACCUCUAUAGAGAAAAACGAUGAUUUCUUGCAACGCAUGAAGACAGCUGGGAGUAUUUCGAUCCCACCGGAACUGUUUGAGCAGUUGUACCUUGCCCCUCAAAAUCGGGUCAAAGGCGAAUUGCGACAGACUUUUGGGAAUCCCACUCCGAUUGCUUUGGGUGGCUUUUUACUCUGUGUCACUCCAUUCUCAAUGGUGUUGCUUGGUUGGCAUGGAGCGGGAGGACUCGACGCUGCGAAUGUUGGGUCCUUAAUCUUUUUAGGUGGUCUUCUAAUGGUAUUGGGAGGUGUCGGAGAAUGGAUUCUAGGCAACACUUACCCAGCUACCGUCUUUGCUAUUUUUGGUGGAUUCUUUUUUUCUUUCGGCGCUACUCUGGAACCUAGCUUCAACGCGUACGGCGCGUACUCUCCAGACCCUUCAAACCCUGCUAAGGGAAUGAAUGCCACCUUCUUUGCAACCUUCGGAUUCUUUACAAUGGCAGUCGUGAUCAUACUCAUAAUACUUGGCAUCGCAAGUAUCCGAACGAAUGUAUGCUUUUUCUUGCUAUUCUGUCUCUUUGUACCUGCAGGUAAACUAAUAUUGGCUGCAGUUGGUUGUCUUACUGGAUCUUUCUUCAGCCUUAGUUAUGGUAAUGCUAUCUAUGCUACCAUGCUUCAACAUAUUAGUGGAGGUCUGCUGUUGGCUGCAAGCUUAAUCGGAUUUUACAUCUUUAUAGCAUUGGUUCUUGCGUCAGUUGAUUUCCCAGUUAUGAUUCCACUUGGGGAUUUAUCCACGGUAAUUAAAGGAGCGCAAGAUAAGGCCAAAGAAAAGAAAGAUGCUGGUAUGGUUUGA